AUGUCCAAGGAGAUGACAGCAGAUGAAGAGGUCGUCAUUCCAGAAGGAUGGGAACCACUGCCACACUUCCGCGACAACUUCAUGCGCGGCGAAAUAGUGUGCGGUCCUUACCGAGAGCACGUGCAGGGCUACCUGGAACACUCGGACACUGUGCUCUGUCUGUCGUACGAGCAGAUGCACCAGGAUCGCGGCUCGGUCGUCCGCAAGGUGGCCGGCUUCCUGGGAGUGUCCCUGAGCGACGCCGACGUCGACGACAUCGUGAAGAACACCAGCUUCGAAGUGAUGAAGGCGAACCCGGACACCAACUUCCGUCAUUGGGAGAACAGCGGCAUGGUGUCUGGCACCGAGGAAGGCACCUUCAUGAGGAAGGGGGUGGUGGGUGACUGGAAAAACUACUUCACCGAGGAGGAGAGUAAAGCCUUCCUGAAGUGGCGGAAUGAGAAGGUCGCCUCUUUGGAGUGA